GGGAUUCCCAAUACUCUGUAUUAUAAUUCGCGCAAAAUAAAUGAAAAACAACAACGAAACAAAUCAAAGGAUAAAAGAACACUUGGAGGCCUUAUAAGCAGCUAUGGGGUGCUCUAAUUCACGACUUCAAGAUGAGGAGGUACCUACAGUUGUAUCAAAAAGAGCUACAAAACAUUCCCCAAAAUCUAAAUCAGCGAAACAUGCACGGACAUCAAACGACACUUCAUACGAAUGCUGUCCAGAACAAAGUGGCUCAGGCAAUUCUGAAAUACAGGAAUCGCUUUAUGAAAAUAAACCAAUCAGUUUGCGACAGGUUUGGAUUUUCAUCAAGUCUCGUUUAAAACGAAUCCAUAUUCAAAAGGGCAAUUUAUCUGGAGAUUUACCCAUCAACCCAGCAUUGGAUCCAGUAAAAUUCGUGGACAAUUCUGGGAUAAAUGAACAAGCUAAGCCAUACAUCAACAUUGUUCCUGAUGCACCCCCUCCUCCAGUGUUACAAGCAUGAACUGUGUAAAUAAAGUUAAUAUAAUUUUAAUAUAUUUAGUG